AUGGGACGACAAGACGUCGAAUUCAAGACCUCCGACCGAGUCACCCUGAGAGGAUGGUUCUACACCAGUGACUUGUCCUCGGGCAAAUCACCUUGUCUGGUCAUGUCUCAUGGCUUCUCGGCUCUCAAGGAAAUGGACCUCAACACGUUCGCCGAAUAUUUCGUUUCCACGUUACCUAUCAGCUGUCUGGUCUACGACAACCGUGGCUUCGGUGAUAGUGAUGCGGCGGAAGGAGAACCAAGAAGUGAAAUCGUUCCCAUGACUCAGUGCAGCGAUAUUUCUGAUGCCAUCACCUAUGCCGCCUCGAGGGAAGAAGUCAAUCCAGACAAGAUCGGAAUUUGGGGCUCAUCCUAUAGUGGUGGACACGUGCUGUAUGUCGGUGCGGUGGACCGAAGAGUCAAAGUUGUCCUCAGCCAAGUUCCGUGCGUGAGUGGAUGGGAUAAUUUCAAUCGACUGGUCCGUCCGGAUUUUGCUGUUGGAUUUAACGCAACCUUUGCAGCAGAUAGAAUUACCAGAGCUCAGGGCGGGGAACCGGGAAUGGUUCCUGUCGUGGAUGCCGAUCCGUUGAAACCAUCUGCGCUACCGACACCUGACAGCUAUGAAUUCUUCUCAUCGUGGGAGAAGAAAUCACAAUGGAAGAAUACCGUCACAGUCAAGACAAUCGAACUUUUCCGCGCCUACGAACCACAACACCUGAUCGAAAAGAUCUCCCCGACGCCUCUGCUCAUGACCGUCGCGAGCGGCGACGUCUUGACACCGACAGACCUUGCUCUCGGAGCGUAUGCCCGCGCGAAAGAACCGAAGCAGUUGUCGUUGUUGCCCGGUGGACAUUUCGAUGCGUAUUCAGGCCCCUUUUUCGAGAGAAAUGCAGGCACUCAAGCCGCGUUCUUGAAGAAAUGGCUGGUUGAUGCUUAG